AUGGAGUUGCGUUAUUUUAUCGAUAUUCAUGUGGGGAGACCAGUGGCAGUUAUUUGGUUUGCCCUACUGCUGCUGCUAGUUCAAGACAAUGGUGUAGGGGCGACUUCCAAUUAUUUAAUUGGCCUCGGAAGUUAUGACAUCACUGGUCCUGCUGCCGAUGUCAAUAUGAUGGGAUAUGCCAACAUGGAGCAAAUCGCAUCCGGUGUUCACUUCCGGUUGCGAGCCCGAGCAUUUAUUGUAGCGGAACCUCAGGGUAACCGUGUUCUUUUUGUCAAUCUUGAUGCUUGCAUGGCCUCCCAGAUAGUUACCAUCAAAGUGCUUGAAAGAUUGAAAGCAAGGUAUGGGGAUCUAUAUACCGACAAGAAUGUUGCUAUUAGUGGCAUUCACACGCACGCCGGUCCUGGAGGUUAUCUACAAUAUGUUGUGUAUAUUGUAACAUCUUUAGGAUUUGUUCGCCAGUCAUUUGAUGCUCUUGUUGAUGGCAUAGAACAAUGCAUCAUCCAAGCUCAUGAAAAUUUGCGGCCGGGAUCGGUAUUUAUCAAUAAAGGAGAAAUUCUAGAUGCUGGUGUCAACCGCAGUCCUAGUGCUUACCUUAAUAAUCCUGCCGCAGAACGCAGUAAAUAUAAAUAUGAUGUUGAUAAAGAGAUGACCCUUUUAAAGUUUGUCGAUGAUGAGUGGGGUCCAGUUGGUAGCUUCAAUUGGUUUGCAACCCAUGGAACAUCAAUGAGUCGAACUAACGGUUUGAUAAGUGGGGACAAUAAAGGGGCUGCUGCGCGAUUUAUGGAAGAUUGGUUUGACCAAAGUCAUGCUGAAAAGACAUUCUCUGUUGAAGCCGGAUCUGGUGAGAUCCAUCGUAGAGUAUCCAACAUUGUUCCUGUUGUUGAUGAAAAGCAUCAUGAGUUACUUGAAAUGGCUGCUUCAUUUCAGUCUUCUCGUGGCCGACCAGCAACCAAAUCUAUGAGCAUUGCUAGACGAGUUCGUAGUGCUCUAAGGCUGACCAACAGACCUAGAUUUGUAUCUGCAUUUUGUCAAACUAAUUGUGGUGAUGUUAGUCCAAAUGUUCUAGGUGCAUUCUGUAUAGACACGGGUUUGCCUUGUGACUUCAAUCACAGUACUUGCGGAGGGAAGAAUGAGUUGUGCUAUGGACGAGGACCAGGUUACCCGGAUGAAUUUGAGAGUACGCGUAUCAUUGGUGAAAGGCAAUUCAAAAAAGCUGCCGAUCUUUUCAACACAGCAACUGAACAGUUAAAGGGUAGGGUUGAUUAUCGUCAUACUUAUCUGGAUUUCUCAAAGCUAGAAGUAACAAUACCAAAGGCGGGAGGGGGUACUGAAGUGGUUAAGACAUGUCCUGCCGCUAUGGGUUUUGCCUUUGCUGCUGGUACAACUGAUGGACCUGGAGCUUUUGAUUUUACACAAGGAGAUGACAAGGGGAAUGCAUUUUGGAAACUGGUCCGCAACUUGCUUAAAUCACCAGGCAAGGAACAAGUGGACUGUCAACAGCCUAAACCUAUUCUCCUUGAUACGGGUGAAAUGAAGGAACCUUAUGAUUGGGCUCCCAGUAUUCUUCCCAUUCAGAUAUUAAGGAUAGGGCAGCUGGCCAUUCUUAGCGUGCCUGGAGAAUUCACGACUAUGGCUGGGAGAAGGCUCCGUGAUGCUGUGAAAAGUGUGCUGGCAGGAAGUGGUGGACAGUCUGAUGGAAAUAUUCAUGUUGUGAUAGCAGGGUUAUCUAAUACAUACUCACAGUACAUCACCACCUUUGAGGAAUACCAAGUGCAGAGAUAUGAGGGUGCCUCCACACUUUAUGGUCCGCAUACACUUAAUGCAUACAUUCAAGAGUUCAAGAAGCUUGCAACAGCUCUAACAAGUGGAAAGCCUGUGGAAGGAGGCCCAUUACCUCCAGACUUGCUGGACAAACAGAUUAGCUUGUUAACGCCUGUUGUCAUGGAUGCCACCCCCGUAGGGAAGAAAUUUGGGGAUGUUAUAACAGAUGUGCCAAAGAACGCCACCUUCAAUAGAGGUACCAAGGUAACAGUUGUUUUCUGGUCAGCCUGCCCCAGGAAUGACCUCAUGACUGAAGGUACAUUCGCGCUAGUUGAACUUCUCCAAGGGAAGGACAACUGGGUUCCUGUGUACGACGAUGAUGAUUUCAGUCUCCGCUUUAUAUGGUCAAGACCUGGUAAACUCAGUACUCAUAGUCAAGCAAGCAUCGAAUGGAGAAUACCGGAAACAGCAACACCAGGCGUAUAUAGGAUAAGGCAUUUUGGGGCAGCUAAAGCUCUUUUCGGAUCCGUUAAGCAUUUCACGGGUUCAUCUAGUGCUUUUGUGGUGAGCUAA